CUUGUAUUAUUGUUUUUUUUCUAAUCAUCAGACAUCAAGCUUUCCUCUACGGGCUUUGCGGCUCUGCUCAGGCCUCUACGACUUGGCACUUGCGUAUUAGUCAACCAUACUACCACAGUAAAUUUUCUGGUUUCUUUUUUUCAAUACUUUUUUCGGUGUCGCGUCUCCCAACGUCUACCGCACGACAACAUUUCAAAUUCCGACCGUCGAACCGUCGAACGUUCUGCUCUGACUUACAGACAUACGGUCCACCGGUCGGUCAUUUGUCACCACCGUCCUUUUCUUGUGUGUGUGUGUUGUGUGUGUGUGCGUGUGCGUGUGUGUGUUUGUGCGCGUAUUUUACAUACUGUGUGCCCAGCGACGUUUUGCAACGUUCGCGCGAACGUGUGUGUGUGUGUGUUGCGUUUGUGUGCGUGUUCCUUUGAGGUGCGCGCCCGCGCGUGUGUGUGUCAAUUCAUAUCGGCUAUCACUUAACAGCGGCUUAGCGACUCGAGCAAUAUAUCAGCAUUCAAUAGAAGCAGCAGCAGCUACCAUCGUCGCCACUUUCUCCGGUUCAUUCUCGUCUGCGAACAUAAGAUUGACGACAGCUUUACCACCGUUUUGAUAAUACCACUCGUCUUGAGCAACGAACCAUGUCGUCAAAGAUCGAACAGAUAUUAUUCAUCGAGCCGCCGCACGAGCUCAAAUUCAAAGGUCCAUUUACUGAACCAGUUCAAACCAUAAUGUCUUUGAAAAAUCCAAGUGAAAAAAAAGUGGCUUUCAAAAUAAAAACUACUGCACCUAAACGUUAUUGCGUAAGACCAAAUUGUGGCGAACUUGCUCCUAAAGAAAAGGCAGAAAUUUCAGUAAUAUUGCAACCAUUCGACUAUGAUGCCAAUGAAAGAAAUAAACACAAGUUUUUGGUACAGACUGUUGUUAUCGAUCCUGUUGCUGAUUAUGGUGAAGAUGGCAAAACUUUUCAGUGGAGAGAUGUCGAAGAAGGUAGAAUAAUGGAUUCUAAACUAAAAUGCUCGUUUGAAAUGCCUACAGUUGAACAGUUAUUAGAAUCUAAAAACAUUCAUGAUGAUACUACAGCUGUACUAGAAACAAAUACUGAAACAGAAUUACAAAAAGCAACCACUGAAGUAAAAGAAUUACGUGAGGAAGAAACAAUCUUAAGACAAGAAAAUAUGAAAUUGAAAGAAGAAUUAUUGCAACUUCAAUAUGAACUUAAAAACCAGCAAUCUCAAAAACGUUCUGUUGGUGGUAGUCAGCAUUUGGAUAUGCAAAACAGAAAUGCCAAUAUCACUCUGAUGGUUGGUUUGGCGAUAGUAGUAGCAUUGUUGGGUAUUAUCGCUGGAAAAUAUGUAUUUUAGUAAGAUAUUUUAAUUUUACAUUUGAAAAAGAAAACAUUUUAAUUUGAAAAUAAAUAUAUAAUAUUAAUUUAUAAAACAAAAAGCAAAAAAUUGUAUUUCAAAUUUUUAAUGCAAAUUCUUUGUGCAUAGUCCUAUCUAUUAAGGUUCAUAAAAAUAACAUUAAUAUAUAUAUAAUAUAUAUAAUAUAUAUAUAUAUAUAUAUAUAAUUAAGUGGCCAUUAAUGAUUAUAAUCCAAUAUCCUAUAAAUAUUCAUGCGCAUAUUAAUUUGGAAAAAUAUGUAAUAAAAAACCUUUCUUUAUGCACAGAUCAAUUAGCUUAUAAACCCGUUAUGGUGCAGGUAAUUAGUUAAAGAUUAUUUGGUUAUUGUUUUUUUUCUCCUGUGAAAGUUAUUUUUUUUUUUAAUUUGUUUGAAUUUUUAAAACUGGUAAAUAUCCUUAACAGCUAAAUAUAUUGGAUUACUGUUAUUCUCUCUUUCUAUCUUUUUUCUAAUAGACUUAUAUUGUAUACAAACAAAGUGUAUUAUCUUUAUUCUAAAACAUAUGUUUUAUCUGUCAGUUCCAACUGUUUGUAUUUAUUUUUUAA